UUGACUGGAAGAGCAGUGGAGCGCAGCAUCGCGCAGAGCAUGUACCCGAAACUCCAGCAGACUGAAGUUUUUACUCGGGUUGUUUUAGUCGCUCUUCUGGAUCAACAUUUCAAACAUUCAGAGCUGCUCUUCGACAGUCUUACUUCUUCUUGGAAGCUAAAUGACAAGGAGGCAGCGACACAGAACCACUGAGUGAUUACACGGGGCACGAUGGAGAGCAAGGGAUUACUUCGCUGUAAGAUUGUGGUUGUCGGUGAUAGCAAGUGUGGCAAGACGGCUCUCCUUCACGUUUUUGCCAAAGACUCGUACCCAGAGAAUUACGUUCCCACGGUGUUUGAGAAUUACACGGCUAGCUUUGAGAUCGAGAAGCAGAGGAUCGAGCUCAACAUGUGGGACACAUCAGGUUCAACCUACUAUGACAAUGUGCGGCCGUUAGCUUAUCCUGACUCGGAUGCUGUGCUCAUCUGUUUUGACAUCAGUCGACCGGAGACGUUGGACAGCGUAGUGAAAAAGUGGCAAGGUGAAACACAGGAAUUCUGCCCCAAUGCUAAAGUGGUGCUUGUCGGCUGCAAAUUGGACAUGAGGACGGACCUCAGUGUCAUGAGGGAGCUUUCCAAACACAGACUCAUUCCCGUCACACAUGAGCAGGGCAGCAGUUUGGCGAGACAGAUUGGUGCUGUGGCCUAUGCAGAGUGCACCUCAAAGUAUUCGGAGAACAGCGUCCGCGAUGUAUUCCACGUCACCACCCUGGCGUCUGUGUCCAGCAUUCAUCGGCCGCAGCUCAAACGCACUGGGUCACGCCGCGGCCUCAAGCGGGUUUCCCAGCAGCCACCUCGGACUGAGAUUCAUGAGCGUCCACCUGCCAUUAGAAAGGAUCGAGCCAAAAGCUGUGUGCUCAUGUAGGGCCAGAACCUACCAGCAGCCUGAUCUGUAUGCGUGUGUAUGUGUGCGUGUAUGUGUGCGUGCGCUGAUGGACCAUGCCGCACAUGAACUUAAAUUAUUGGUGAAUUCUUGUCAGAUCUUUGCACUGCAUAAAGGACAACGUGAUGAAAACAAGAAUGAAUGCUAUCAUGAGGAUUUCUUUGAGGGGUCGUUUGUCCAUUUUUUGCAAAGUUCUGCUUCUUAUUUUUCUUUGUGGCUGUGUGCUCAUCAGGGGAGGCCAUUGUAUCGGCAAAAGCAAUUUUCUUUAAUGCUUUUACUUGAACAAGUGGACAAAAAAAAAACCAAACAAACAAAUAAAACAAAUUAAAAACAGGACGGAAAAUAGUGCAUACAGAGAUUAAAAGGAAGCAGCAGUAACAGUGCUGGUAUUGACCUCUAUUAUGUCGUUUCCUGUUUUGAAAUGCUCCUCUGUCUUCGAGUGUUUAAGCCAACGAAGCACAAUAUGAUGCACGCAAACCGUUGUGAGAAAUCUGUAAAUGUCAGGGGCUGAACUCUGUUCUCCCGCUGCGGAUAACAAAUUAAAAAGAAAAUCCGGACUCGUGCGCCGAGAUGACACUAAUUUUCCUAAACCACAAGUGCUUUUAAUAUUGAAAAUGAAAUAAUCACUCACCACAUAAUAUUGUUG